UUUCUUGGUCACAAAAAAGGAACCAGAUGUCUAGUCGUUCCGGUCCCAAACCGUGGGAUCCCUUCGCGAUGGCCGCAUCGGGCUCCUCCGCUCCUCUCCCUGCGUCUUCUGCCUCGCCAUAUCCCAGCGUUGCUAGGCUCGCCGACUCGCCUUGCUUUCCCCAGUACACCGCUUCCCUCAAAUGUCUCGAGGAUAAUUCUGACAAGAGCAAAUGUCAGCAGGAAUUUGACUAUUAUAAAGAGUGCAAAAAGAAAGAGAGGGAGGCUAGGUUAGAACGCAACAGGAAGAGGUCCUUUUUCCAGUAGGAAUGCAUACGGUGCGUCCUGCAAUAAGGUUUCACAGCAAUACAAUGGCCUGCACGAGUCUUCUGCUCGCAGAACACUGUUGGAACUUUAGUGGGUCGCAUAUCUGAUAGCUCUGUGGAAUAAUUACUGGAAACAACUAUGAAAAGAAACACCUUUUAUGUUGUUUCCCUAUA